CGUAUUUUGGAAUGUAGCCGUGUGGAUCGUAUUUGGUGUUGUAGUAGUGACUGGAAAUGUUUGAAAAACGAAAAUGUGGUACUGGUGGCGGAAAUGAACAAACCAUGGAUUAUAAUCUGAAAGGAGGAAGAAUGAUAUCAGAUCCUUUACAAGGAGAAGAAAUUGUUAUAUCAGGUUUAUCCGGCGCUUUUCCAAAUUCGAUGAACGUCAACGAAUUUAAAGAAAACUUAUUUAAUAAGGUAAAUAUGGUAACGCCAAAUCGAAGAUGGGACUAUGACCACCCCGAAAUGCCAACACGUUCUGGGACUAUUCCUGAAAUCGACAAAUACGAUUCUGGAUAUUUUGGUGUACAUGAGAGACAAUCUCAUUCUCUGGAUACGAUGACUAGUCUUCUUCAAGAAAGAACGAUCGAGGCUAUCUUUGAUGCAGGGAUGCACCCUUCAGAUCUCGAAGGCACCAACACUGGUGUUUUCGUUGGGUCAUGCUUCAGUGAGAACGACAAGGUGUGGUACUGGGAUAAUAUGGCGAGUCAAACUUACGCAGUGACGGGAUCGGAGCGAUCCAUGAUGGCACAUCGGCUCAGUUACUUUUUAAAACUGAAAGGGCCGUCAUAUAGAUUAGACUCUGCUUGCAGCAGUUCUUUGUACGCUCUGGAGCACGCAUAUAGGGCUAUUCGGCUUGGAGAAGUCGACGCUGCAAUUGUGGCCGGUACACAACUUUGUUUACAUCCUUUCGUAACAAUGCAGUUUUCAAGGUUGGGAGUUUUAAGUCACGACGGCGUAUGCAAAUGUUUCGACGCUCGAGGUGAUGGCUAUGCUAGAUCAGAAGCGGUCAUUUCUGUAGUCCUACAAAAAUCUAAAUCUGCUAAAAGGGCCUACGGGCAACUGGUCCACAUCGGAACAAACUCCGAUGGAUACAAAGAGCAAGGCAUAACAUUUCCAUCGGCUCCCGCUCAAAUAGAUCUACUGACCGAAUUUUAUAAUCAAUGCGACGUAGACAAGUGCAGUUUGAGCUAUCUAGAGACUCAUGGAACUUCUACUGUCGUUGGUGAUCCAGAAGAGUGUUAUGCUAUCGACACGGUCUUUACGAAGCAUCGAAAACAACCGCUGCUGAUUGGUUCAGUCAAAUCCAAUAUUGGGCACUCAGAAGCUGCUUCGGGUCUAUGUUCUAUCACAAAGUGUAUAAUAGCAAUGGAAUCCGGCUUUAUUCCACCAAACCUCAACUUUACUACACCCAGAAAAGAAAUAAAAGGAAUUGUAGAAGGUAGGAUGAAGGUGGUCGUAGAUAAAAUGCCAUUUGAGGAUGAUAGGAGCUUGAUAGGCGUUAGCAGUUUCGGGUUUGGUGGCAGUAACUGUCACGUGCUGCUCAAAAGGAACCCGAAAGAAAAAAUUAAUAAAGGAUUACCGGAAGAUAACCUUCCAAGGUUGGUUUGUGUGAGUGGAAGAACAACUGAGGCUGUAAACGCUUUACUGGAUGCUGUUUCUCGCAAUGGACUGGACGCCGAGUUUGUUGGAUUACUACAUGAAGGAUAUAGAAGAAAUGUGGAGGAUCAUUUGUAUAGAGGCUACGCAAUAGUAACAAAGACAGGAGAGAUUAGUAGGUCCUUGAAAUGUUCUCCGGGGUCUUGUAAACCCCUUUAUAUUGUUUUUGGAGAAUUGGAUAAUUGGCGUAACAUCGGGCACCAAUUGAUGGUUUUGCCCACUUUUUCUGCUUUCAUUCAAAGGUUACAAAAUAAUCUAUCGACUAAAGGAGUCCACAUCUGGGAUUUGUUACUUAAUAGGAGAGUUGCAGAAAAAAAUAGCAGUCAAGUGUUGGGCAGUAUUGUGGUACAAGCUGGUAUAAUAGAGGUUCUGAAUUUAUUAUGCAUAAAACCAAAGGCUUACCUGAGUUAUUCUUUUGGAGGGUUACUUUCUUCAUACUGCAAUGAUCUUCUAUCUUUAGAAGAAACUGUUAAUUGUGCUUUGGUUAUAGAUGAGGCUGUAAAUAACAACAACAACAACAACAGCAAUGAAAAAACGAACAUUUUGCAGACCUACACUGAUCUAGAUAGCAAUGGUAAUGCCAACAGGGAUAAUUUGCAUUCUGCUUUUGAUAGCUUGAACUUAUAUUUGGACUCAUCAACGACGAAGAAAGACCUUAUAAAUAAAUUAUCAAAUACAUUGGCCGAUAAAAAAGUAUUCAAAGAUCAGGGAACAACCGAAUGGGCUACAAAUUGUGUAAACUCUCUAAGUCAGGACAGAUUUCGAGGUACCGAAAAAAUGGACUUAGAUUCGGUGACCUUUCGAAUUGGUAGCGGACCAUCAGAUACAUCCGAGGACCGUCCCAUAGUUUCCCUUUUCGACAAAAAAAAAGGGAACUGCCUCAUCGAAUUAAUGGAAACUCUGGGGAGAUUAUACGAAUUAGGUUGUAAUCCGCAAAUCAGCAGAUUGUAUCCCCCGAUACAAUUUCCAGUAAGCAGAGGGACGGAGAUGAUUUCCCCAUACAUCAAAUGGCUUCACAGAAGGGAAAAAUUCGUUCCACGUUUUGACGUAGAAUUAAUACGACAGGCUGAACUCGGAUGGAAACGCUACCAUAUUAAAUCCGUGGAUCACGAAUGGGCGUACAUUACUGGACACGUCAUAGAUGGUAGAAACCUAUUUCCCGCCAUGGGAUAUUUAUAUCUUGUGUGGGACGCAUUUGCAAAUAUUAGUAAAAUAUCUUUCCAUGACAUGCGAAUAGUAUUCGAAAACUGUAGAUUCAUGAGGGCUACGACUGUAUCCCAAAAACGCCAACUCGUGUUGGAAGUGGUGAUUUACCGUGGCACCGGCAAUUUUGAAAUUGUCGAAGGCAAUACGGUAGUCGUUAAAGGAAGGAUUUCCCUGUUAGAUGACAAAGGAUGUUGCUCUACUAUACGGGCAUUCGAUGAACCUCUUUUAUCUCAUAACACUGAUUUUCCCUUGAAAACUAAAGACGUUUAUAAGGAACUACGUUUGAGAGGAUAUAACUACGAGGGAGCGUUUCGUGGAAUUGAAGAAACUAACGUAGAUGCUUCCAAAGCAUUUCUAAGAUGGGAGGACAAUUGGGUUAGUUUCCUUGACAACAUGCUUCAGCUUAAGAUUCUGCAGAUAGACAGCAGGUUAUUGUACGUACCAAUAUUUAUUUCUAACUUGACGAUAUCGGCUAAAGAUCAUCUCGAUACGAUCAAACGCGACGUAACCGCUGAUAAUGAAACUCCUCUCCUUCCUGUUUAUUGCGACCAAGCAACUGGAAUUAUCAGGUCGGGAGGGAUAACCAUAUCUGGUUUACUUGCCAAGUCGAUACCGCGAAGGAAAGAUCUGGGUAUACCAGUUCUGGAGAAAUAUACGUUCGUACCAAACGACACAGAAUUGGGUUUACAUGAGUCUGUAAGGGUUAAUAUCCAGAUAGUCUUGGAAAACACCUUGAUGUAUCAAGUUAAGGCCAUGGAACUUAUAAAUGAAUUGACUCCCAAAGACGCCCCACCUCUAAUGCCUAUUGUCGAGAUGGUACUGAGAGAUCAGCCUUUAGUACAACCUUUCCUUAAAAUAUUAAGCAAAACCCCCUUAGAUGUCUCUGUGGAAGUUGAAAAUAGAAAAUUAAGUGGCGAGACGGACUGUUUGAUUGUAAUUGCUUCAAAUAUUUUAAAAAGACAAAGUAUUUUGGAUGAAGCAUUUAUGGCUCUGAAAGAAAACGGGUUUAUCAUAUCCCGCGAACACCUGGAUUGUGACGAUUCUUUGAUAAAAUGUCCAGAAAUAACUGUUCUGACAGUGCACAAAACGCCAACAGAAACAUUGUUACUUCUUCAGAAGAAAGCAAACGUUAAAGAACCAAGUUACAUCAAGAUUGCUUCCUCUGACAGCUUCUCUUGGAUACACAAACUCCAAGGCACCUUAAAGACAAAAGGCGACGUGGUACUUUACGCAGAAAAAGAACCCAGCAACGGAAUAUUAGGCCUCUUGAAUUGCCUAAGAAGAGAACCAGAUAGCAGACACGUCAGAGGUGUGUUUUUGAUGGACGACAUAACAAAAUUUCAACCGACACAUUCUUUAUUUGUCGAUCAACUGAAGAAAAAUAUGGCCGUCAAUGUGUACAAAAACAACAAGUGGGGCACCUAUAGGCAUCUGUUGUUGGAUAAACAAAACCUUGUAGAAAGCGAGCACUGUUUUGUGAAUCUGACGGUUCCUGGAGACCUAUCCAGCCUUAGAUGGUUCGAAGGGCCCCUUUGCCAUCAGACGUCGGUGUCGUCUGAAAAUAAAUUAAUAUACGUGUACUAUGCUGCGUUAAAUUUCAGAGACGUCAUGACGGCUAGCGGUAAACUUACUGUCGACGCCAUAACCCAAAACAGGCUGGAGCAGGAGUGCGUUCAGGGAUUCGAAUUCUCUGGAAGAGACAGCAAAGGGCGUAGAGUAAUGGGUAUGAUGACCUUUGGAGCACUAUCCACUUUAGUGCUUGGUGAUUUCUCCUUGUAUUCCGAAGUCCCAGACUCUUGGAGUUUGGAAGAAGCAGCUACUGUUCCAGUUGUGUAUGGAACAGUUGUGUACGCCUUACCAAUUCGUGGACAACUGAAAAGAGGUGAAACUAUUUUAAUUCAUUCGGGCACUGGAGCUGUCGGUCAAGCCGCCAUACGAUUCUCUUUGUAUUUCGGAUGUAAAGUGUUUACCACCGUGGGAACUCCAGAGAAACGGGAAUUCCUCAAGAGAGUUUUCCCCGUCCUUGAAGAUCGUCAUAUCGGCAAUUCCCGCGACGAGACGUUUGAGCAGAUGAUAUACCGAGAAACAAACGGUAGAGGAGUGGACAUUGUGCUGAACUCUCUGGCUGAAGAUAAGCUCGUAGCGUCCGUCAGGUGUCUUGCCAAAGGAGGCAGGUUGAUAGAGAUAGGAAAAUACGACAUGGCGAAUAACAACGAACUUAGUCUACUUCUGUUCCAGAAGGAAGCUAGUUUUCAGGGGGUUAUGUUGGAUCAGCUUUCCCGGGACAUUCCAUGGAGGAAAAUGCAGCUUAUGAGCAUAUUUACAAAGUUUUUGAAAAGCGGAGCCAUGCAACCAUUAAGUAGAACUGUUUUUAAUUAUGAUGACGUUGAGGAAGCCUUUAGAUUCAUGACUACAGGCAAGCACAUGGGAAAAGUUCUGAUCAAGAUACGGGAGCCCGAGCAGCAGCUUGUAACGCCGCCCUCUGUACAAAAAUUUUUCGGCUUACCCAAGUUUUUGGCCGAACCAGACAAGACCUAUGUGAUUAUUGGUGGUUUGGGAGGAUUUGGACUGGAAUUAGCGGACUGGUUGGUGGUCAGAGGAGCGAGAAAGCUGGUGCUUUCGUCCCGAAAAGGAAUUAACAGCGGCUACCAGAAUAUGAGGAUCAGAUUAUGGAGGUCCUACGGAGCUUUAGUAAAAAUAUCCACUACACCCAUUACAACAAAAGACGGAUGCUACCAGCUCAUCCGUGAAUCCUUAGAGUUAGGCCCUAUCGACGCCAUCUUCAAUUUGGCUGUGGUGCUUGAGGAUUCCCUUUUCGAAAAUCAAUCCCCGGAAGCUUUCGUGACGUCUUUCGCCCCUAAAGCUACCGCCACGGAAUACCUGGACGAACUAACCAGGGAAAUGUGCCCCGAACUAAGUCAUUUUGUGGUAUUCUCUUCUGUUUCCUGCGGACGAGGCAACGCGGGGCAAACGAAUUACGGAAUGGCUAACUCUGUGAUGGAGAGGGUUUGUGAAAGGAGGAGGCAAAGCGGUUACCCGGCCCUCGCUAUCGAAUGGGGUGCAGUAGGGGAGGUCGGUCUGGUUGCGGAGAUGCUGGGCGACGCAAAAAUCGAAAUAGGUGGGACUUUGCAGCAGAAAAUUUCCAGGUGUCUUCAAGUAAUGGAUACUCUCCUCAAACAGAAGGACGCAACAAUCGUAUCGAGCAUAGUCGUGGCUGAAAAACGAGGGGCGAACGCAUCCGAUAACAUCGUUGAUGCCGUUCUAAAUAUUUUAGGUGUCAGUGAUAUCAAGUCGGUCAGUCUCCACUCGACUUUAGCGGAACUCGGAAUGGACUCGAUGUCAGGUGUCGAAAUCAAACAAACCCUAGAGAGAGAGUUCGAAGUGUACCUCACCCCAAAAGACAUACGAACGAUGACACUGGCGAGGCUGAAAGAGAUUCAAGAAGAGAAGAAUGAAAUUAAUCAAAAUGGAGAGGCGACAGAAGGGAAAACUGAAAUGGAGACAGUCUUUAGACUUGUCGGUGACGAGGCAGAGAGUACCGUUCCAUAUCUUCGGCUUAGAUCUAAAAUUAAGGAAGAAACUGUGGCUCCAAAGGUACUUUUCUUUCCAGGAAUAGAAGGAUUCGCUAGGGUCUUCGACAACCUGGCGGGUAAAAUCAGUGCACACGCUAUUGGGUUACAACUUACUUAUGGCAAUCAAGCAAUGUCCAUAGUUGAAAUAGCGGAGUCUUUGAUACCGACGGUGGAAGAACACUUGUCAAAAACCGAGCCGUUCCACUUCCUGGCCUACUCGUAUGGUUCCCUGGUAGCUCUGGAAGUGGUCCAUAUUUUAGAAUCUAGGGGCUACCAAGGCACAAUAGUCUGUCUAGACGGUGCUCCGACAGUGAUGGAGAAGAUGUUGGAGCAUUUCGACGUAACAUCGGAGGAAUAUUUCCAAACCACCCUCUCCUGCCAUCUGUUGUCUACAUACAUAUCACCUAAUCUAGUUCUAGAGCACAAAGAUGCGAUACUCAAAUGCGGUUCUUGGGAUGAAAGAGUGACUUUAGGGAUGGAUCUGGCCAAAGACGGCCUCCCUUAUGAAAGAAACUAUUUCAGGACCGUUUCUAACAAUCUCUACUGGCGUCUCAAAGCAUUAAUGGUCUAUAGUCCAUCCUUUAGCAAAUUAGAGUCCGAUAUAAGGUUGUACAAACCCAAGCAAGCCACUGCACAAGACCUCGAAGAAGAUUACGGAUUGUCGAAGAUAUUUACAAAACCUGUAGACGUCAAGGUGUUCGACGGCAACCAUUUUACUUUCCUGGAAGACGAAGCCUUAGCUGAAGCCAUCAAUGAAGACAUAAAGGGAACGACUUCUUGUUAACCUCUGUUUUUAUUUCAUUUUACUUUGCUACAACAUAGCUUUAGUCGAGGCCUUUAAUGGCGAUAUUCGCAAAUAGAGAACGAUGUUUUGUAAUUUUGUUAAUAAAUUCAUUUUUAAAAAAUUGUAAUAAAAAGUAAAAUAAU